AUGCCACGUAAAUUUCACAAAAAAUCCAAGGGUGGAUGUGAUCAAUGCAAGGAGCGACGCGUCAAAUGUGAUGAAGUUAAGCCUCUUUGCACUAUAUGUGCCCAUCGUGAACUAUCAUGUUCCUACACGAAGGCUGGAGUUCCCAGGCAAACUCAUUUUCACCCUCUCUCAGAGUCAGUGGGGCCAAAACAACGGGAGCGGGAGUGGAACACGCCUGUCUCCACUCAAUAUGAGCUUCGGCAUAUACAAUUAAUGCACAAAUUCGCAACCGACACGUACAAAAGCCUCUGUGGUGAUCAAACCGAUAUGGAGCAUUGGCAGCUUCACAUCCCUAGACUUGCAUAUACCCACGAAUUUCUCUUGCAUGGCAUUUUCGCCCUCGCAGCUUUACAUCUUACUGCGACGACACCGGACCCAAAACAGGCUCUUUCAUAUUUGGACACAGCCUUGCAGUGUAACGAAACUGCUCUUGCUCCAUUUCGUGAGGCUUUGAGCGCGCUGGGUCCUGCUAACUGCGAUGCUGUCUUUGCACAAUCCGCAAUCAUCACAGUAAUUGGAAUAUCGCUACCAGGGCUGAAUUCUAAGUACCGCGGUGAAAGUUCCAGCAUGAUUGAGACGAUGAUAACGGUCGUUGAGCUCGUUCAGGGGGCUAAUCAGGUAUCUCACCUCACCAAAUCGUGGAAACAAGACAGUAUCUUUUGCAAAUAUGACUUCUGGCGCAUGGACAAGGCCAAGCUGGAACAAGACGUGGCACAUGCGAUUGACAAGCUCAGAAACAUGAACAGGUCAAAUUACAUUACAGAUGAGUUCCAGUAUACCACAAAUCUUGAGGCCAUUGAGUUGCUGCAAGACUGCUUUGCUAGGUUUGCGCAUGCACCCCAUCCAGCCCCCAUCUUAGCUUGGCCAGCUUAUGGAAGGAGGGGGUUUGUUAAUGGAUUAAGCUCACGCCAACCAUUUUCUCUUUUGGUCCUCAUGCACUGGGGGGUCCUGCUACAUGAGUUGAGUGGCCUUUUCUGGUGGGCGGAGGAAUGUGGACAGAGAUUAGUUGCUGAACUAUUGCAAGAGUUGAAGGGGGACAACGAAGAGUGGAAUCUGGCAUCAAAUUGGCCACAAAGGAAAGUUGGACUAUGA